AUGACUACGGUAUCGCUGCUAUGGGUUGGGGAUUUGAACCAGGACAAACGUAUGGCCAGUACAUCUAUGAAGGUGUCUGAUGAGCGCUAUCGCCCGAAACUUAUUGAGUUAAAGGAGGGUCAAAAGGAGAUCAGAAUUGGUCGUCUGAACUCUACAAAUCCACCUCAUUACCUUAUUGAGAGUUGCAUCAAUAAGCGUAUGAUUUCACGCAACCAUGCUACUAUUGAACGAUUACCAGAUGGAGGUUUUAUGUUAUAUGAUCACAGUAUGAACGGAACAUAUGUUAAUUAUAUGCGAGUUUCCGGUGGUGUUACUCUUAAAAACGGGGAUAUUGUCUGUUUUGGUCAUCUCAAUGGCGCUAAUCUAAAACCUGGGGAUGAUGUUACUCCAUUCUUUUCCGACCUUAAGUACCAAGUAUACAUUGGUUCUCCCAAAGAAGUUGCUGCCGCCACAGCUGCAGCAGGAGACUCGAACUCAGAUCGGAUAUCUGUUAAUAAGCGGCAGCGAAAAUCGAGUGGAGGUAGUCAUGAGGUCAAAAAGGGUGUUGUGUCCUCUUCUAAAACUCCCAGUCGUCAUCGGGGUGGUGAUGAAGCAACAGGUAGUAUCAAGUCCGAGGCGGAGGACAGUGAUGAGGAUUUGAUGGAUCGUUUAUCAAAGCGCAAAUCUGGUGUUCAGUCUGGGGGGAACAGCGUAAAACGAAAUCCAUCUUGCAAAAGCAAUGGUAUGAAGAAGCAUGCCUCUCCUCCUCCAUCAGUCGUGAAGAGAUCUAAGCACCAUUCAAAGAAAUCUCGGGCUAGAGAAGUGGCCGUUGAUGCAGAGGACGAUGAGAAUGAUGAUGGUGAUGGUGACUCUGCGAUGGGAGGUGACAAUGAAGACGUUGCACGUUAUGGAGAAGAUGAUCAGGAAGAGUGUUCGGCACGUACCUGCAAGAAGCCUGCUGGAACGGCAAUUGAUUGGAUUCAGUGCGAUAAAUGCUCGAAAUGGUACCACCAAAUUUGUCUUAAUUUGACUCCAGAGGAGGCGAACGUAGAUGUCUAUUACUGCCCGUCGUGCACCAAGAAGCGCUAG